AGAGCAGUGCCCGGGCUACACCGAGCAUCCCACAUCCCCAAGCCCCGCUGCUCCUCACCGAACCGGGAAGGACACAAAGCCUGUCCCGAGCUCCCUGUCCCGAGCCCAGGGCAGCCGCUCGGUGCCAGGGGGCCCGGGAGUGGUGCCCGCCGGGGUCUCGGCAGGGUGAUGCCCACCGGGGGUGAUGCCCACCGGGGGUGAUGCCCGCCGGGGGUGAUGCCCGCCGAGCAUGAUACCCCGGCGGCUCUGCCGGCUCCCGCCCGCCCCGGGCAGACACCAAAGCGUUAACCACCCGCUCGCCUCAAUUUCCUGUCCCGCUUCCCCUUUUCCUUCCCAAAGUUUGGGCAGAACCCAUGGCCGCGGCAGCAGCUGCGCUCCUGUCCGGGCAGCGAAGCCCCGUGCUCUCGGGUGUGGGUGCCCCAUUGGGUCAGGGCUUCACUCUGCAGCAGCCCCAGGCCAAGGUGUCGGUGGCACUGGGGGAAACGCUCACCCUGAACUGCAUCACGUCUGGAAUUGCUGACCCAGGCCCUGUGAGGUGGCUGAAGGGCUGGGGCACUGGGAACAAGACUGUCUAUGACCAGAAUUAUGAGGAUCCCUUGUUCCGUGUGACGAGAGCAGUGGAUGGGUCUGACACAGACUUCACCAUCCGCAUCAGCAACUUUCAGCCCGAAGAUGCUGGCACCUAUUACUGUGUGAAGUUUGUCAAGGGGGACUCUGGUGAGGAUGAGGUGUUUAAGAGUGGCAGUGGCACUGAGGUGUCCGUGCAUGAGGCUGCCCUGGUUCCUGGAAUGGUGGCUGCAGCUGCAGUGCUCUGCUUCCUCCUCCUCCUCGGCCUCUUCGUCGCCCUUUGCACGUACAGGAGGAAGCGCCAAGGGGGGGUGGGCAGCCCCUGCCCCGCCAGGACAGUGGCCAUGGGCAGCUUCUCGUCUGUCCCUCUGCAGUGCUGUGCAGGGACCCCCGGCACCCCCAGUGAAGUCCUGGAUGCAGAGAGCUCCCACCUGCCCAGCCAGAGCAGCAAGGAGGAGAACGACAUCCACUACGCCGACCUGCAGCCGCUGCCGCCGGCCCCGCGGCGCGGCAGGAGCCCAGGCACAGCCCCCACCGAGUAUGCCAGCCUCAGGGUCACUGCCAAGUGACGCCUGGCACGGCUGCCUGCACAGCCAGGCCGUGUCAGGGUGGCAGAAGGGACGUUUCUGCAGGGCACAACAAAGAAGAAGUGGAGCUGUUUGCGUGGUGCGUCCAGAUCUCAGCUCGGCACGCUGUGGUCACCGUGUUUGCACCUCAGGGGAGCUCUCCCAGGACCUGGAAGCUUUGUCGACCACAGGAUCAGACCACGAGGCCAAGCACCUCUGCCUUGUGCAAGCUGUUUUGUGCUGAUAACAGCAGAAGGACCUCACACGCACCUGUGUGCACCAGCGUGGGCCUCCACUGGUCCUUUCCCGGCCCACAGGUCCGUAAUUUGUGUUAUCUUUUACCACCCUCAUUAAAGCCAGCAAACAGC